GGUGUCUUACCUACAUGAUAGGUAUGCAUACAGACAGCCCCAUAUCAGGGAUUCUUUGCAAACUUGUCAUUCAGAAGAUAGAGGAAGAGGUUCUAUUGUCCUACAUCAAACAAGUGGUCUUAAAGACAAGAGUCAUCCUAGUAUUAGAGUAAAAGGAACAGAAAAUGAAUUUGAUCCUGUUGAUUGUAAUGAUAUUCAAUGUUCUAUCAAAUCUUUUCAUAUGCAUUGCCCUUUCUGUGUUAAAACAGAAUCGUAUCAAGAUUCACGUAUUUUGAAAGCUCACUAUCAUGUUAAACAUGUUGAUAAGGGAAUAGAAUUUGGUGGACUAAAGAUUCUUCGUUGCUGUGAAAGAUGUGAUAUUGUUGGAGCAAUUAAGGAAGAAAAAAAAUUUAAAGGAGCUCAUUGGCAUUGUUUUAUAUGUAAAAAUGGAUUUAAUCGUAGAGAUGAAGCUAUAAAACAUUAUAAAACUCAUUUUCGUCACCCUUGUACUACUCUGCAGAUACAUGUUCCACAGGAAGUAAAUAAAGCAAUGGCAUUAGAAGACAAAAAAGGAUUUAAAAGAGAUGAAACAAAAUCUGCUGCAAUUCAUAUAGUUUCUGAGGCAGUAAUUACCAGUACAACACCUUUUCUAACAUCAGGAGCAGGAGUUUCAGCAGUUAUUCUAAAAAACAAUGAAGAUACCAAAGAGAUUUUUCAAGAUAAAGAAGAUCAAGGUACAUCUAUUACCACAACAUCAGAAAAUGUAUCUACUGAUAAUCAAGCAGCUAUUGUGAUAAUUCAAGAAGAUCAGUUAGCUGGAUCAUCUGGUUCAAAUACAUCCAUUAGUCAACCUAUAAAUACCAUUGAAGAUCAAGAAAUGGAAAGUAAGUGGCAACUUGGAAAAUUAGUUACUCAUUUACAAGAUCAACUAGAUCAGUUAAGAGCUGACAAAGACAAGAUGGAAAAAUCUUUAAAAUCUGAAGUUGAACAGUUGAAAGCUCAAGUACAAAAACAAACAACUGAACUUGAUUUUCUCAGAAAGAAAAAAGAAGAAAUACAAGUUAAUAUUCUAUCAAAUUCAAGAUUACAACAGAUGGUAUCUAACUUACAGAAGCAACAUACUGAAAUGUUACAUCAGCAUAUACAGCAAGUGAAACAAGAAAUUUAUCAGUCUGCUUUAAAAGAAUUUCAGGGCAUUUCAUCUUCAAGCAGUACUCGAAAUAUUUCCAACUCUACCUUAUCAUCUAAUGAUCAAACAGUUCUUGCAUUGUUUCUAGAUAAUACAACAGGAAUUGUAUCACAAACACUUCCUGUUUCACUAUCAUCAACUUCACAGACUCCAACAUUAUCUCAGUCUCCUGUUACAGAUAAUCAAGUUAUGCCUAUUUCUAUUCCAUUAUCUUUGCAGUCAACAUAUUUAUCAGAUAACUUAACUAUGUCAAGUUUAACUACAACACAGUCUAAUUCCAGUAGUCAGCCAUGUCUCACUUCAACAAAUUCUUCAAUUUUAGAUAAUAAUGACUGUCCAGUUGUGGUUAAUAGUUCAGCUAAUGUUCGAUCAUCAAAACAGAAUAAUAACUCACCAUUAUAUAAUCCUAGUCUUCCCACUGUUCAACAGUUAAUAUGUGGCAUUGCAAUAAAUAAUGGAAAAACUGAACAAGCUUCUAGUGAUAAGCUUUUAAUAGCUAUACCUUCUAACUUAUUAUCAACUCCAGUAUCCUCAAGUACAAGCAGACAGAAUACAAACAUUUCUGCAAAUCAGAAUACACUCACAUCUAUUGAUUCAGCAAUGAUACCAACAGAAACAAAUGGUUCAACUCCAAAUUCAUUUGUCACAUGCAACAGUUCAUUUACAACUUGUCCAAUGACAUUUUGUUCAGAAGCAACCAAUUUCAAUAAUACAUCUUAUAUCAUUACUGAAGGCAAUAAAUCAUGUGCAUUACAGAUGCCAGCAAAUGGAAAUCUUUCAUACUCUGAACUUAUUUCUUCACAGAUUACUGAAAAGAGAAAAAUGAGUUCAUGUAGUGGAAUGGGAAUAGAUAAAAGAAGAAAAUAAAUAGGUAUAAAUUUAAUAUAAAAUUUAUUUAUUAGUGUUGAUGGUAUAAGAAAUUAUAGAAUAUCUUCCAUAAAAUAUUUUCCAUUGCAUUUAGACUAGCUUUCUUCUAACACUUUUAUGAAUAUUGUAGAUUUGUGAUUUUACAGUAAAAUGCAAAUUGUUAUUAGUGAUUCACAUUUUGAGUGGUCAUAAUUUUUGAAAAACAAAAAAAAAUCACUUUACACAUUUAGGAUUUUCACAAUCUUUAUGUAUUUCGAUUUUUAAGGAAUCUUAAACUUUCCAACAUAGCCUUGUGUGUAUUGAUGUUUCAUUAUUUAAGAUAACUUUUAUUACUACAGUAGAACCUCGAAAACUCGGCCUAAUGUGGACCGAAGGGUGGCCGAGUUUGUGAAAAUGCCGGGUUAUCGGGAAUGGGGUUAAAAAAGGAUAAG